AUGACUCCUGUCACCCAAACAGUCAAAACGUCAUAAACUUCAGAACCAAAUCAUUCAAAAUUCCUGUGUAAAUUCCAAAAUACCGCUGCAACUAUGAACAAUCUGUUCCAAAGUGUCGUCAAAAGAAGCGCUCACUUUGGCAAAACUAAAGAGAAAGAAUGUCCUUUAAUAGUGAGCGGAAUUCCUCCCCAUUCCAAAGAGGGGAGCUACAAAUUGUACAAGAAUCUUUUCUAUUUCGUUGGAGUGCCCUUGAUAGCUUUAGCGACGUUGAAUGCUAUUUUGGCGAAGAAAAUUGAGGAGGAGGGAGAGUGCGGUGGCAGACCACCCUUCGUUAAGUACGAGUAUUUGAGGAGGAGGACCAAGAGGUUUCCUUGGGGGGAUGGACAGAGGACAUUAUUUCACAAUCCCAGGGUUAAUCCUUUACCAGACGGUUACGAGGAUGAGGAGUAGCUUAGAAGGGUUGAAAAUGUUGAGAUGAUUGUUAUAGAAGGCUCGUUUUUAUUGAAUCGGUAAUAAAUUAACAAAAAGGUUUCGGAAUAAUUUUUGAUUUGGUUGAUGAACGCAUGCCUCUUAAUGUAACAAUAAAUUUCGAUAUUAAUUUGAAUUGUAUGUUGCAAAAGUAGCAACAAAUUUGAUUGGAGUCUUUUGAAAACAUUCAGUGUUGAGCUAAAAAUACGUACAGGAAAAUAUAAUUGACAUUUAACAUCGAUUACAGAUCAUAAAACAAAUAUGUUACAGAGUUCAACUUGAAGAUAAUUUCACAGUAAUAGUUUCCAAACAAGAUGCUUGUUAAUUUAAAAAUUCAACCAAGAUAAAUCUUUAUUACCU